CUUUGACGGCCCACUUGUGGCCCUAGAGCUGCAUGUUGGACACGUUUGAUUUACAAUACAAAGCUAGCAUGGUAUUGUGGUUGUAUAUGAUCUAUGCAUAUUAAAUGUGACCCAUGCCAUGUCUCCUAUACAAAACCGGUUGACGGUGAAGUUAAGUAGCUGGAACAGGGGAAAAGCCCCGCGAUAACGCGAGACAACAAUUUUCUCCCCAAAUGCACACUGGCGGCUCGGUCAGCCUAAAGUAACUCGCUCUACUGAACAUUAUUUAUUUUUUUCUUCGUUGGCUAGUUUUCUCUAUGGGUUGUUGCAUGCUGCCAACCAAUUUCUUCAUCAUCAUCAUCAUCUGAAGGGGCAGGAAGCUGCAUCCCUUUUACCAGCGGUUAGCAGCAGCUUCCUAGGCUCCACGGUGACAGCACACCAGCAGCGGAUUUUAAAAAAGAAAUAAAUAAAUGUCUGAGGAAGGACCAAACAUGUCGACAGGGAGGAAGACGGCGUUAAGUGAAAAUACGCUCUUUGGGAUGGGAAAUCCCUUGCUCGACAUUUCAGCUGUUGUAGACAAAGAUUUUCUUGACAAGUUUGGACUGAAGCCAAAUGACCAGAUCCUCGCAGAAGACAAACACAAGGCCUUGUUCGAAGAAAUUGUCAAGAGGAACAAAGUUGAAUACCAUGCUGGUGGUUCGACCCAGAACUCAGUCAAAAUUGCUCAGUGGAUGCUCCAGAAACCUCAUAAGGUGGCUACCUUCUUCGGGUGCAUCGGGAAAGACCACUUUGGCGAGAUCCUGAAGAAGAAGGCCGAAGAAGCCCAUGUCGAUGCCCAUUACUAUGAACAAAACGAGGAGCCGACUGGUACCUGUGCAGCCUGUAUCACGGGAGACAAUAGGUCCCUUGUUGCUAACCUGGCAGCGGCAAACUGCUACAAAAAGGAAAAACACCUGGACUUGGACAGCAACUGGGAGCUGGUGAAGAAAGCCAAGGUCUAUUAUAUUGCGGGUUUUUUCCUCACCGUGUCCCCAGAGUCAAUCCUCAAGGUGGCAAAGCACGCUUCAGAUAAGAACAAAAUCUUCUGCAUGAACCUCUCAGCACCAUUCAUCAGCCAGUUCUUUAAAGAGCCCUUGAUGAAGGUUAUGCCUUAUGUCGACAUCUUGUUUGGCAACGAGACGGAGGCGGCCACAUUUGCCAAAGAGCUGGGCUUUGAGACAGACGACAUUGCAGAGAUCGCAAAGAAAACCCAAAACCUCCCCAAGGAGAACACAAAGAGGCAGCGAGUGGUGGUUUUCACCCAGGGCAAGGACGACACCGUUGCAACUGUUGGUGACAGGGUGACCAUGUUCCCUGUUUUGGACAUAGACCAGAAUGAUAUUGUGGACACUAAUGGAGCCGGAGAUGCUUUUGUUGGAGGAUUCCUCUACGCGUUGGUACAAGAGCACGCGUUGGAGGAGUGCAUCCGGGCCGGACACUACGCAGCCAAUGUCAUCAUCAGACGGGUCGGAUGCACCUUCCCAGAGAAGCCAGACUAUCACUGAUGCAUUUGGAUAAACACUGCACAUGUCUUUUCCAAAAAAUACUUGUGUUUGUAUGUUUCAGGAUUUUAUGUACACUUAUUUUCUAUUCACAGUGACAGACUACAUGGGACUAAUUGCCUCAGCUUGACUAUUUUAUCAAGCUGUAAAAAAGCAGCUCGGAUGUUUUAAUAUCAGUCAAAUACUGGAAUAAUUGGUGUAUGUUUAAAGGAUUAUUACACUAAAAAUCUGUCUUUUGGGUGUGAAAAACUGAAUACGCAAGCCUGAGAAGGUGGUGGGAAAGUGUCCAAAUGUGUAAGCACAUCUCAAGAAACAAAUCAGCAUAAUCUAACAUACUUCUCCAACAUUGAUCCAUAUUUUUCCCCAUUACUGAGCAAACAUUGUGUCCCAGUAGCUCCUCUGCAUUGCUGGAGUUUGCGUAUUUUAGUGAUUUAUUUGGAACUUGUUUAACAAAAAUAAGCUGGCAGAGAAGUGCAUUAUCCUGAAAGAGUGGUUUGAAAGGUUUCUAUAUGACUCCUUCAUGGACUCCAAAUCACAACCAAAAAAUAAAGAUAUAUUUGAGUGUGUGCAGAAACUUCUCAAAGCCAUUCCUACUGCAGAAGCCACGUCUUCCUUUUAUUUUUAUCCUAAUAUUUAUUAUUUUUUAAAAUUAUAAUGCCUUUGCCUGUAAAUUGCUAAUUACACUUAUUCAGUGAUGAGAUGAUAGUGACACAGAAUACAAGUGUAAUCUAUGAGUGCAAAGCUGUAAGUGCAAACUUUCCAGCGUAAUCUAUUAUGCCUGCAGGGGGUAGUGGAUGAGUUUUGUGAUGCUAUGAAAUAGAAACUAGAGUACAUUUCCACUUCAGAGUAUUCCUUUAAUAUUUAGCUGCCAUGCUGCAGCAAUCAGGGAUGGGGUACUGACAAUCUUAAUAGAUCUUAAUGGGACAAAACUGAAAAGAAAGUGUUUGUUUGUUUGUUUUGGUACUAUUCAAAUAAAUCAACUGAUCCCAC